CUACAAAAUGCCCAGUAGUUUCACUUCCGUUAACCGACGCAUGUUUUGGCCUAUUAACGUGCGUAAAAAUUUAACAGACAAUACUUAUUAAUAGCUCUAGAAGGCGAAACAAGAUAACAGUUGUUUCACUUCCUUCCACAGAGGCAAGCUCUUCAAAGAACUCUUCUUGACGCCCUGAAGAUAUCGCUUAUUUUACUCAGGCAUUCUACGGCUUCGAAAAUGACGAAUCAUUCUGAGGAGCAAGAAAACUCAAGGUUGUCAAGGAGCAGAGAAAUUGUUUGUUUCCUGGUUGCAGCCCUUGGUUAUAUUUUAAUCGUAACAAGCCUCGUUCUCUUCACAUUCGCUAUUUUUGUGUUGUUUACUGAAAACUCAAACUUAGCCAUUAGAAGUGCAACCACUGCCACAGUGAUGUUGAUUUUUGGAAUGAUUUUGGUAUUGUUAGUACAUAUACACCUCAAAAGAGGAUCAAAAACUUCUGCCGUCCAAGUUGUAAUAUCUACGAUUCCUGCGGAAGAUUUGACAAAAUCUCCGGUCCCUACACUUUCGUAUUACCAUACUCCUCGCCGUCAGCCAUUCGUUGGGGCCUCUUCGAUAGAUUUGCCGGAUUAUUUUACUGCUGUCCAGGAUUCAAAUGAAGUUUAUUCAUCUGUGAACGCUGGAGUUUGUACAGAUGAUUUUUCGGAGCCGUUCGCUCCACCACCAAGUUACGAAGAAGCACUUAAAAUGGCCUCCAUAACUAGUCAAGAAAACAAGCCACAUUCCUUGUCGCAAUCUGGAGACGGAGAAAACACAAAACUCUGAAGAUUUUUCAAGUAAACAAUUUGGAAGAGUUACACCCGGAACUACCACGCUAGACGAUGUGAGACAGGAAAAAAGCUGUUAUCAAACUUAUAAACUAUUCUGUAACUACGAAACACCACAUGCUACCGCGCGAGUUAUAAUUUAAAAACAUGCAUAGACACGUUUGGACAGCGCGAAAGUUCUUCGUGAAAUGGUUUGCGGUAUAUCUAAUUUUUAUUGCUCAGUAAUUUUCAGCAAUUUUCCAAACAAGAUAAGAGUUAAAACGAAAGCUUUGCUGAUAAAAAAUAUAGAUUGAAAACAACUGCUAUAGGCAUAACGUUUUGCAUUGUUAUGAUCACAAGAACACUGAAUAGAAGUUUAACCCCCGAGGUCAUUAAAAGUCAUUUUAUCCUUAUUUAAUGUGUUUAAAGCACCUGGGGGUAUCUGAGCUUAUUAGGAUUGAGUUCAGCGUGACAACAUUUGCAUUGAAAUAUUUUCGAUGUUUAGGAUCUGUAUUAGCUGUUCGAAGCAACAUAACACGAUGUUGCGCGUUUGCUUUUUGGGUAUCCCGUAGGAAAAAGUUUCUUUUAGAGCUUCCUCCAGCAUUUUCAAAUGAUGUAAUUCUAUUUGAUUGAAGCUCUAUACGUCACAAUAUAUUGACUAAUAUUGAAGACUUAGAUAAUUUUUUGCACGUGAAACCUUUAUUUCCUCAGGCCUUGUUUGCUAUGAUCAUUUAGUUCCCUCUGAUCACGUCUUGAAUUAUGCUCUUAACCCUUUCACACUUCACACUUCACACUUUUCACUUCACACUUUUUUUUUCAUUUUCUUUCAUAUUUACCAGAUAUUUCUUUAACCCGCAGAUAGCAAAUGCUAAUCGAGGCGGGUCAAAUUUGUUUAUUUACUUGAUAAAAUUUUUUUUCU